UCAGGAUGCCCUAUCUAUUAUUGAUCCUCUUCUUUCUUACAUUUUGACUAAACCCAGCGAAUAGUUUGCAAACCAAACAUUUUACAAGAAAUUUACAAAACAGAACGUUAAAUACAGUGUGCCCUCCAUCUUGACUUACCUGAGACUCAUCAAACCUGUGAAUCAGCUGUCCAGACUCGAUGAGGCUUAAUUCCACCAGCAACCAAUGAGAGUUCUGCCCGGAUGGCCAGUUUUAUUUGAAAAUUACUGACACCUGAAUGAGUUGAGAAUCGAGCUGACUGACUCUCUGAGCCUAUAAACCCGAAUGAUAUGAAUGCCCAAAUGAAGAGUAUUAUGACCUUGACAAUUCUCAAUGUGUAGCUUCUUGAGAUCCAGUAACCCAAGUAUCUAUGAAUAGCACUCAAACUGGGAACAAAGCUUAUUGAAGAGGAUUUAAUUACUAUGUGAAUUCUAAUAGCACAGAUGUGGUGGAGUUAGGAACAAAAGAGUUUCCAUAUAAAAGUCUCAGUUCAGUGUUUAUUGAACUUCUCAAUUAUUUAAGCCACAGAGAUAUUACUGUGAAUAUAUAUGUCCUUGAAACUACUGAGAACUACCUUGAACUAAAUAAAAACUACAUUAUCAACAUUACUCAUGUAAACAUCUUGACUUAUUCAGUAACAAGGUCAGAUCCAAGUCAUGCUAAUUUAAUCCUAAAGGAUUCUACCAUUUCUACCAUAAACCCUUCGACUAAAUAUUCCCUUCUGAAAUCAGAUACGCUGGAAAUGUCAAUAGCCACCUCUUCAAACCCCUUUGCUACAAUAUUUCCACUUAAAAUUAUCUUUGUUCACAAUUCAUCUUUGACAGUUCAAAAUAUGCAUCUUGACUCAGAGUAUUCCAGUAUUUAUAUCGAUUACCGAUUUGUAUUUCCUUCUCAAUGAGGAAGAGGAAAAUCAAUCAGUUUUCAAGACAUUUACUCGAGUAUCUCUGGUUCUCUUUUAUUCUCGAUAUCUCCUGUAGAAGUGAAAGCUAAAAAUGUGGUAUUUGACUCAUACAGAGCAACCUCUUGUAUUAAUAUAUAUGCUCCUUGAAAUUUUCCUGGAGCAGACUUUUAUGGCAAACUUAUUAUAGAUAAUUUUACAUUAUUCACCUCUCAAGCCAAGAUAGUUCCUUUCUAUGGAGCAGUCCUUGGUUUACUGGGAUCAGGUGACAUAAGUGUCAACCAAUUGAACUCCUCUGUUUAUCACGAUGGACCUGGAAGUAACAGUAUCUUAUGGACACUCCCAGUUCCUGCAUGUAUUCCAGAUACUACAGAAAUACAGUACAGUAAUAUGUCAAAUUCUUAUUUUACAAUGAAUCAAAGCUCGGAUAAAACAAGGUAUUCUGUGUUAGCAAUAAUACCAGAUGUGGAUAGGCCCAAAUACAUAACGUCUAAUAUCUUCUUCUCUAAUACUACUUUUGAGAAUAUAACCGAUAAUUUGUUUCCCUUAGCUUACGUUAUAUCGUAUUAUUCCACUGAUGUAAAUAUAAACAACAUUACAGUUAGAGGAUGCUCAGCAAAUGAUCAAAUGCUACGGCUUGCCGGGACACACAUUUAUAUGAGCAAUAACUUAGUGGUCAACUCUCAAAUAAAUAAACAAGCUGCAAUAUUAAUUAUAGGAAGUCUUAUUGCUACCAAUAACACUUUUAAAAAUGUUACUUUUGGAUCUGUUCAGAAUUGGCAGAUAUUCAAAAUCCACUCUUCUGAGUUUAUUGAUAUAGACAACAUUCAGUUUAUUGAUUGCAAGCCCAAUACUAAUUAUGUCUUUUAUAUUGAGCAAGUUUCUCUUCCUUUUGUUAUUAAAAAUGUUCUCUUUAAAAAUAUUGAAAACACUGAAGGAUACUCAAUUAUCUCCUCUUCAGAGCACGUUGGGGGAGUUUUCCAAAAUGUGACGUUCCAAGAUAUUUAUAAGCAAAGUCCUGAUGGGACCACUAAUGUUAUGAUGAAACUUGGAAACUUAAAGCUUGGUGAUCAAAACAGAUUGUCUUUGAUAGAUUUUACUAUUUCAAACUCGACUGUUCCCUUUAUUCUGUUUGAUUCCAUUACAAAUACUGAAAGAAAUAGUUCUUCAAUUGAUAUUCAAAAUCUAAAAUACCAUGACUGAGUUUUUGAUUCGACUGAAAGUCUUAUUUCUUUGAAAAGCCUGUUCUCAUCUAGCGAUUUCGAAAUUAAAUUUAUCAACUCUCAGUUCUUCAACAUUAAAUUUGUCAGAGGAGGGAAAAUAUUUAAUUUUGAGCACCAGAUCUUUACGCAAGUAAUCAUACAAGACACUGUUUUUACUAAUAUCACUGCAGGGAGUAUUUACUUGGAGUCACUUAACAAGAAUAAUGAUGCAAAAACUUUGGUGUUGCUCUCCAACAUCACUGUUCAAGAAUGAACGAUGAACGAUAAAUCAUUCCUUGAUGUUUCACAAGGAGGAAGACUCGAAGUUAGGGACUCUCUGUUCACCAACAUGCACUCUUCUUAUGAAGGACCCAUCUUACACUCAGAGUUUGAAGGGACAGAAGUCAAUAUCCUCCGAAGCAACUUCACAAAGAACACUGCCAUCAGUGCUGGAGUGUUUAGCAUCAAGGAGCGUAGCUUGGUUAAGUGAACUGAAUGAAGGAUCUUCGAGAAUUUUGCAAUAUCAAACGCUGUUCUAUAUGUCAAAAGCCAUUCUCACUUUGAAUUUUUUGACACGCUAAUAUAUAACAACUAUGCAAGAAGCACCCCUGUGGGAAGCAUUCUUGAUAGCAUCAAAACCUCUGUCAUUACUGGUGGAAGCAUUCAUAAUAAUAUAAAAAUAACAAAAGAAGAAUAUACAUCUCAGAUUGAAGUCGGUUGAACUACUCUCUGUUUUCCAGAUUUCAUUAAAAACAAAAUAAAAGAAUCAUUUGAAACUGUAGAAGACUUUGACAAAAUAGUGUUGUUUGAUGUUAUUUUUGGAAGCAUGACAUUUCAGAGCAUGCAAAAUAUUUAUAAUCAAGACCAACUUGUCAGUGGGUUCAAUUCUGAAAUAUCGAUAGAAAACUCAACGAUCAGCCAUUUCACAACAAAUCAUCCAAUAAUCACAGUGUCUUCAUCUAUUCUAAAUGUCUCAGCGACUAUUUUUGAGAGAAUCAACAUGACUUCAUGGAAUACACCAGUAAUAUUGUCAAACACAGAAUCUGUGACCACACUCAGCAAUGUUACUUAUUUGAACUCAUUAGGGAAGUUCAUUGAGGAAGCAAAUACAGUCUGAAACAUGGAUGGAAUACUUUUUUCUGAUAUUGAAACACAGACAGAACUUAUUUUCAUGUACUCGACUUUUGAUUGCUCUAUAAAAAGCAUCUCAUUAAGCAAUAUCUCUGGCAAUUAUACUAGUUUCAUUGAGAUUAUAAAGUCCAAAGUUGGCCUUCUUGAGGAUAUUGAAAUCAGAGAUAUGCCAGGAGAAGGCUUCAGAAUUACAAAAUCUAAUAUCACUCAGAUCAAUCAGAUAAAGCUCAGUAAUAUUACUAAAGGGUUGCAAGCAAUCAAUUCUGAAAUUGGAGAAAUCAGAAACUCGGAGUUUAACAAUCUCGGAGGAGUAGGAAUUAUAUCAGGAGGAGCAAUUUAUCUGAGAAACUCAAAAUUUUUUGGAGGAAAUUUGACAUUUACCUCAAAUACUGCCUCAAGAGGAGGAGCUGUUUAUGUUGAAUGCCUCACAGCUUUAAAGCAAGAGUGAGAGGUAUCCUUUGGUAAAUCUAAUUUUACUCAAAACUCAGCCACAGAAGGAGGAGCCAUAUACUACAAUUCAUUCCGUCCUUCAUUCUUGAAUGCCUAUUUUAAUAAUUCUGCUGCUUAUGGACCGAAUAUUGGAUCUUACCCAAUCAAAAUAUCUCAGAGUGGUUCUAGUAUGGAGAAUAUAAAAUUUGAUUCUGUUGGAAGUGGAAUAAAGCUUUCUUCAGAAGUCGAACUGAAACUAGUAGAUUAUGAUGGACAGGAGAUCACAACUGACUCAACCUCUCAGAUUAAAAUAUUUCCGAUUACUUCAAAUGCAUCUCUGAUUGGAAUUGAUUACGCUCAAGUUAGAAAUGGGAUUGGAGCAUUCGAUAACUUGGUGCUACAAGCAGCCCCAGGAAGACCAGGAGUUGAGUAUAGAGCGUUUUCGAAAUCAAUAGACGAAAGUCUUGUAACAAAGGUGUAUGGAAGUGUUGAUCAGAAUCUAAUAACUGUAAACUUCAGAUGGUGCCAGCCUGGAGAAAUGCAUUCAGGUAUUGAAACUUGAAUAGAAUGACCCCAAGGAACUUAUUCACUAGAAUGGAAUUCUACCCAAUGCACUUCUUGAAUGAAAAAUGCUGUUUGACAAGGAGGAAAUAAAAUUGCAGUAAAUCCUGAUUAUUGGAGAUCUAGUCUUAAUUCUACUGACCUUGCAAAAUGACCUCUCAGAAAUAUCUGAUUAGGAGGAUUUAAUGAAACUAAUGAAUAUCCUAUAGAAUGUUCAGAAGGAUAUUCAGGUUAUCUCUGAACUUCUUGAACCAGCCAUGAAGGAAAUGACUUCAUGAGAGUUGGACUGUAUGAAUGAGAAAAAUGCCCAGAUAUAAUUUAUAACUCUAUUAGAAUAGCUUGUUUAAUGAUUCUAGUGAUCAUUUUCAUUGUGAUAUUAAUCAUCAUUAACAUCAGGAAGAGGAAUGAGAGCCAGAAAUCCAUCACAUUGAGAAUUCUUACCAAUUAUCUUCAAUUAAUGGGAAUUGCUGUUUCAUAUGGUGUUGAUUUCCCCAAUGCUUUAAAAGAUCCAUUCUCAUUUAUGGAGAGAGCAGGUUCAACCUCAGAACCAUUCAUAUCUUUUGAUUGAUUCUUUAAUGAUGCACAAAUGGCAUCUUUUACUCCGUCAACACCAAUAUUCAAGCUGUUUCUUUCUAACUUGUUGCCUCUGUUUUUCAUUAUUAUUUCGGUUUGAAUUUGGAGUUUGCUUAGACUUACUGGGCACAGAUGGUUCAAAGAUAUCAAGAGGAACAUAGGCAUUACUAUUACCUGCAUUUUGUUCUUACUCCAUCCAACAUUAACAAAGCAGUCUCUCAGCCUGUUCCAAUGCACGGAUGUUGGUAACGGGGAAAACAGAAUGACAAUCGACAUGAAUAUCCAGUGCUACUCGGCUGAACACCUCAAGUGGGCUUUGCCUAUCGGAGGCUCAAUGAUGAUUGUUUGGGUGAUUGGCUGUCCAAUGGCUGCAUUGAUCCUCUUAAUUAAAUUCAGAAAGAACCUUGACCAUGCCACUGUAAAAAGAUAUUUCCUCAUUUUGUAUCAAGGACUGAGGCCAGAAGUUUUUUACUGGGAAUUUGUGAAUACUCUAAGGAAAAUAUUGAUUCCUUUAACAAACAUUCUUCUAUCAAGAGUAGACACAUUUUAUAGGAUAACGUCAGCAGUCAUUAUUCUUGUUGUUGUAUUCAGAGUUCAGGAGUCCUUGAAGCCCUAUAAAUUUGAAGAAAAUAACAAAGUAGAAAUUCUAGCAGUUCUCGGAGGUAUGAUUACCAUUUUUGGAGCCGUUAUUUCCCUUGACAACACUAACAACCAAGAAAUUGUAGAUCUCCCAUUUCUUAGAGUGAUUUCAGGUUCAUUAAUUAUAAUAGUAAAUGUAUAUUUCUUAAUGAGAUGGAUUUUGCUAUUUUUAUAUUCAUUCGAAACUCCAAAUGAAAUUGUUUGAACAAUAAGGAAAGCUCUAGCUUAUCUUUUAUGAAAAGGAAAAACCAAAGCCUUUGCAAUGGUAAACUCUAAGUCAUCAACUGCCAAAAACUGUCAGAAAUCCUCAAAAGAGAAAGUGUUGGUAAAGAAAAAAAAAAAAAGACAGAGAAGAAACCCAAAGAAGAAACAAAGAUUUAGAAGAUCUAAGAUUGAAAGUAAUAAACAGAUUCAAGGUAUUGAUGAUAAUGAUGAAGGGAAAGAACGACCAGUUUAUAAAGAAAUUCUUGUUCCAUUUUCAGAGAGAGGAUCUACUUAUAGAGGAGUGAGGUUAAAAGGAAAAAUGGACCACUUCUUCGAUAAAUGCAAACACCAGGUGCCAUUAGUAACCCCAAUCCAUAAAACCUUACAUAAAAUCUCAGAAAAGAAUCAAUUCGAUCACAAAUUCCUCCUCACCCAUAAAAGUACUCCUCCAUAA